AAGAAAUAACCAGACAUCAACCGGUAUCACAAUUUGGUAAUACGACGCACCGUAAUUGGCUAAACAUACAUUAAAAGUACAUUUUAAAAUAAUGAUUAAAACGAAUUGACAGAUUUACUUCCGACAUCUUUGUUGCCAUAGUUACCAGGGCUCGCGCUGAAACAUUCCUUAGGUCACCUGUCUUGAUUGGUUCUCGAACAGUUGCGAUUAUUUAUUAUUUUAUUUAUUAUUUCUAAAGUGUUUCUGCUGUCGCCUGAGACGUUCUUGUCUAUACAGGGGGUCUUAUCUCGGGUUGACACGAGUUAUUUUAUUGUUUAUUUGUAGUUAAUUUGAGGUCUUUUCUCACUGCUAGCUGAUAGCACGAUGCAAAGUUCCAGCCUCAGUACAAACAGCAGAGGGGAAAGUCAACCGCAGAUGUGUGUUGGUUUAUCUGGACGACAGCGCAGACAGACCGGACACACUAACCGCUGUCAGUUGGCUCCUCCCCUACCUGGUGAUCUGCUGGGCCAGUCCCAGUUAGAGAGGGCAACCAAGUCAGGGAUCUAUGAUUACACACCUCACAGAUCUACAAAGUCAGUGGACACACUCCAGCAGUGGUGUGACGACUCCCAGAGCCAGCAGCCUCCUCCUCCUCCUAACGCCGUCACACCCGCCCAACUCCGUGCAUCGGAGAACAUCCAGCUGUUACACACAUCUGAAAAUCCUGGACUUGACUUCUACGUUGUCUCUCAGCAAGUGGUUCAGAACGCUAGGCCAGACGCAGUGCUAGAUUGUUUCGGGAGCAUCUGGGAGCUGCACUGUCCGUACCUGUGUGAAUCAGAGACACUCGCUGAACUCUACAGAAAAUCCGAGAAGCAAAGGCACACACUGCUCCAGGAAAAAGCCGAGAGCAGUGUAAAAGAGCAGUGUGUGUCACUAGGAGGGAGAAAGAUAAGACUGAGGCAGGACGGAGGAAUGGCAAUGAGUCGAGGCAGAUUCAAACGUCCCCUCCUGCUCCAGCUGAACAUAAAGGAUCUGUCCAUCACAAAAGAGUCUCUUUCGUUUGCCCUGAGGUCUAUGUACAGGUGUGAUGAGAGUCCUGAUCAGUGGAGCGAGGCCGUGCUCUGUACCGCCACCAUGCUGCGUCUGCCACAGCUAAAACAGAGGUGUCUGAAGGAGAUGAUAUCCAGCAUCAGCUUUUCAACAGUGUGUGACUUUCACAGAGUUUCCUGUAAGUACAAGCACACGAGUCUUCAGCAGGCGUGCGAGCGAUGGCUGGAGCUCUUUCUCGUAACCGAUCUGUCACAUCGCAUCCAACUCAGGGACUUGACGUUUGAGCUCUUGCACAAAACCCUGCAGAGCCCCAGACUGUUCACGAGCAACGAAUACGAGCUGCUCAGGACUGUGCUGUACUGGAUCUACCUGCAGUUUAACCCCCAAGAGCACACUCUGCCUUCUCACACCACCAUCAUCAGCUUCUUCUGCAGGGCUCCUGGGGUUUUUCUGGAGCAGCCUCUGGGACACAAGUACACUCCUCUUUUCCAGGCUCUUCGUCUACAUGGUAUCACAGAGCGACAGCACAUGGAGGAGAUGCAGAAGAUCAACGUGUUCCCUCACUCCUGGCUCCAUUUCACCUUCUCUAACCUCAUCUACUCUAUCCACAGUGGAGGCAACAUGCACAUCACCAACUUUUCCAAGCAGGCCGUCCGCUUUGGAAUGAUUGUCACCGAGGAACAUUGCACACACACAUUCGGGCUCUACGGCUUCUACUUCCUGCUCAGAGCUUCCCGGGUUGGAGAAUCGGAAGCAUAUGCAUUCACCAUAGAGAGGUUAAGACAUUGGGACCCUGCACUAGCUGAGAGCUGGAGGACAACGCAGCCAUUUAGCAUGAGACCGGAACGCUGUGUGCGCUAUAAGAUCAGCGUGCAAAGCCAUGCGUGUGGAGAAUGGCAGGAAAGGAGCAGCGGAGAACUCAAUCAAGUGUUUGGCUUGAGUAAACGCUGUUGUAGGAGCAAGGUGUUUACAGUCGACAGACUUUGUGUGCCUGCUAUGGUGACGCUUUCCCUCGCCUUCCCAUCGGCAUAAAUUAUUAACAAUAAUACGGAUGUUCUAAUCAGGAGUCCUCACUUCAUUUACCUGUGCUUACAUGAUACAUGCAGGAAUAAAACACUCAGUGUCCUGCUGUUACAGGAAAGCACUCAGCACUGUGGUGUGAUGGUGCAGAGAUACCACACUGAAGCUGAUUACUUUCCUGUAAAGCACAUGCCCAAGUGUUUUACUCCUGAUACAUCUUAGCAAUGUGACAACAAUUCAAUUUAUUCAUUAAAGAAUAAAAUAUGUUAAAAAAAUUAUAUAUUUAUUAUUCAUUCAUUCAUCUUCUACCGCUUAUCCGAACUACCUUGGGUCACGGGGAGCCUGUGCCUAUCUCAGGCGCCAUCGGGCAUCAAGGCAGGAUACACCCUGGAUGGAGUGCCAACCCAUCACAGGGCACACACACACUCUCAUUCACUCACACACUACGGACAAUUUUCCAGAGAUGCCAAUCAACCUACCAUGCAUGUCUUUGGACCGGGGGAGGAAACCGGAGUACCCGGAGGAAACCCCCGAGGCACGGGGAGAACAUGCAAACUCCACACACACAAGGUGGAGGCGGGAAUCGAACCCCCAACCCUGGAGGUGUGAGGCAAACGUGCUAACCGCUAAGCUACCGUGCCCCCCAUAUAUAUUUAUUAUAUUAAUAUAUAAAUAUUUAUUAUAUAUAUUUAUGGUAUUUAUAGUCACAUCCUGUGUGAAGUAAUUUGUCUUAACAACACUGCAGCUAUAAACAGUCCUUCCCUCUUCAGUGUCUCUUUUUCCUCUCUUGAAGAAAAUAC